AUGGCUGAUGAAGUGAUCGUGUGCGAAGGUGCUCUUAAACACAAUUGUUGGGAAGAAUAUAUAAAUGGAUUGAAAUGGGGUUGUUAUCGCAAUGACAAUCUUCUCCAGUUGAGAUUCAAUUGGAGUGACCUGAAAGAACAAGGCGUGGAAGGAGUAAAAGGAUACGUUAUGCUACAGGGCAGAAAAAUUGACGUUAUGGCGUAAGAAUUGAAUGAGCUCAUAUCUGUACAUUACAUCCCCGGCCACAUCAAUAACUACGUCAAGCUCAAUUUGACUCUUAUUAAAUCUCAAUUUUUGACAAAAUCCGAAAAUUCUGAUGCAAUUCUUCUAGUUGAAGAUACGAAGCUUCAUGUUAAUAAAGCUUUCCUCUCGUAUCAUUCCGAGUUCUUCCGCGGGUUGUUUGAGUUUGAAAGUGAGGAGAAGCAGAAGAAUGAAUUCAAGAUCAGUGAUGUUUCGGCAGACGAUAUGAAGGCUUUCUUAGCCAUUAUUCACCCGGGAAAUGACUUCCCGACGGACAGUAAUGCCAAGAAACUUCUGGAAUUGGCUGAUCGUUUCAUGGUUCCGUUCGUUACGAGUUCCGUAGAGAAUCAUCUUCUCAAAUCCACGGAAAUCGAUCAUGUAACAAAGAUUUGGUUGGCUGACAAAUUUCAAUUGGAGAAACUCAUGAACCACGCGAUUUCAACCAUUGAGACUACAGAGAAGGCCAGACAAGUUAGAACCUCUGACUUGUUCACAGAAAUGUCCACUGAAGUUACUCAGAAGCUUCUGGAUCGAGUUCUUCAAUUAACUACCAAAAGUUAA